CUUUUUCCAUAUACAUCUUUUGCUUCCCCAGGUCUUGCACUCCUUUAACGACCUAUAGCCAUUUCAUUCUUUUGUGUCGACAUUCAUCCACCCUCUAGGAAAAUAAGUCACUACUAGCAAAAAUACCAAUACUACGACAUGAAGCUUUCCCUUACUCUUCUUGCAUCAUAUAUUGCACUUACAAACGGAGCAGCUAUAACAGUCACAAAGACGGUUGUCGUUAUGACACAGUACGUCACGAGCACCGUCAGCGGGACGCCUUAUACAAUCUCGUCGGAGCUCGUUUCUACUGAGAGUGCGGUACCGGUACCUUCCGGGAUUGUUGUUGAAUCCACAAUCACAGCUCCAGCCACCUUGACCACAUCAACCACAUCUUCGGGUCCGUCUUCAUCCGCUACCUCCUCUCUCAGCUCUUUCGAAGCAGAAAUUCUCAAGGAACACAAUAUCAAAAGGGCCUUGCACGGGGUCGGUGACUUGACGUGGAACUCCACACUAGCAAAAUAUGCAGCCCAAUAUGCUGACGAGGCGGACUUUUGUAAAGUCCAGAAACUUAUCCAUUCCAACGGGACGUACGGUGAAAAUUUGGCCGCAGGCUACGUCGGCGGGGCGGCCCCAGUUGACGCAUGGUACGAUGAAAUUAGCUUGUAUAGCUACUCAAAACCUGGCUUUAGUGAAGCGACCGGCCAUUUUACUCAGCUCAUCUGGAAAUCAACGACCAAUUUGGGGUGUGCCAUGAUUGCCUGCGACAACAUUUGGCGCCAGUAUACUAUCUGUGAGUACAGUUCUGCUGGAAAUGUGAUCAAUCAGUUUGAAAAGAAUGUGUUGCCAUUAGUGUCAUAAGUGUCUUCCGUUAUGUAUGGUUUAGAGUAUUUGGUUGAAUGUGACGUUUUUUUCUGAAGUCGUGCGACGUUAACCGUAUUCUCAUCGCAAAACACUUGGCAAGAGAACUUGAGGAGAUAUUCAAUUACUGAUGAGCUAGUGGUGUAUGCAGCUACUUAGCUGCGCAUUGAGCAUUCAUAAUGUUUAUGACCUGAGAUGGUUCCUGGUGUGGCGACUCGAUUUCUUAUUCUCUAUUGGAGCAGAAGAUCCAGGUUUAUUUGUUUGAUAAGAUUAGACUUUGAAAGCGUAAGUAGAAAUAUCGGCACUGCAUAAUGCUUGAGUCCGAGAUCUCCGACCCGCUCGAAUCCUAAAUAUUUAACAACCAGUCUCGGUUUCCCCUACAUUUUGCAGUCGCUCCCACAAGAGUAUUUAUGAAGAAAAAUCGGC